AUGGUGGCGGAGGGAGACAGGACUCUGCUGGCCGCGCGUCAGGGGGACAUCCAGGCUCUGAAGACGCAGCUCGCGGCCAAAGAGCUCACGGCCGAAGUGAAGGACUCGCUGGGAGCCACUCCGGUGCACCACGCCGCGCGCUCGGGGAGACUCAGCUGCCUGCGCUUCCUGGUGGAGGAGGCUGGGCUGCCCGGGAACUCUCUGGCCAACAACGGAGCGAGCCCCGCGCACGACGCAGCGGCCACCGGACACUUGGCCUGUCUCCAGUGGCUGCUGACCCAAGGAGGAUGCAGGCCAGAGAGCAAGGACAGCUCCGGAGCCACAGUCCUGCACCUGGCGUCCCGCUUCAGCCACUCUGAGGUCACAGAGUGGCUGUUGAAGAGCGGGGAGGGGGACCCCGGGGCCACCACACAAACCGGGGCCCUACCACUCCACUACGCCGCUGCCAAGGGAGACCUGCCCUCCCUCCGCCUGCUCCUCGGACACAGCCCAAACGUUGUCAACGUGCAAACUAAAAACGGUGCCACGCCUCUGUACCUGGCCUGUCAGGAGGGUCACCUGGAGGUGGUCCAGUACCUGGUGAAGAGCUGCGGGGCAGAUCCCAGCAUCAGGGCCAACGACGGGAUGACGUCUCUCCACGCCGCGGCUCAGAUGGGACACAACACUGUCAUCGUCUGGCUGGUGAGUUUUACAGAGAUCAGUCUGUCGGACAAAGACGGCGACGGAGCCACGGCGAUGCAUUUCGCAGCGAGUCGUGGUCACUCUAAAGUUCUGAGCUGGCUCCUGCUGCACGGAGGGGAGAUCGUCACGGACAACUGGGGAGGGACGCCGCUACACGACGCAGCGGAAAACGGUGAACUGGAGUGCUGUCAGAUCCUUGUCGUGAACGGGGUCGACCUCGGCGUCAGGGACCAAGACGGAUUCAGCGCGGCGGAUCUGGCCGAGUACAACGGUCACCAGCAGUGUGCCAAAUAUUUACGCACUGUGGAGAACAUGAGUGUGGAGCAUCGUGUCCUGUCCCGGGACCCCUCCACAGAGCUGGAGUACAAGCAGCCGGACUCGGGGCUGUCGUCUCCGAACACCACCAUGCCCCCCGCUCCCCCGCCCCCGCCUCCGCCCCCGCCCCCUCCGGCCCCCCAGCACAACGCGGGCUCCCCCUCCAGCUCCCUGUCCAACUACGACUCCGCCAACUCCAGUCAGUCCAGCACCGGAGAGAAGAGGAGCAGCGGCGGCAACAACUCGCAGGGAGCGCCGUCGCAGAACAAUAACGCCACAAACGCAGGUACAAAUGAGUCCGCCAUCUCCGACAUGCAGGCGUACAUGGACAUGCUCAACCCAGACACCGGCGCCGGCUCCAGCAGCAAGACGGAGACUCAAAACCCGCCUCCUCCGCCCGCCUACCCCCCUCCGCCUCCUCCACCGGGCGGCCCCGUGCCCCCUCCGCCCCCCGCCUACCCCGCCCCAGAACCGCCGCCGCAGGACCAGACCUCAGCCGAGUUUCUCAAGGUGAAAAGCAACUUGAGGCAUGUCGAGAGUAACGCCGGGAAGAAGCAGCUCACAGUCGGACAAGGUCACGAUAAACUGCGCCGUGUGGAUUCAAACCGUAAAUCGAGGAGCUUCAGCAAACAGCCCAGCACUGGGGACUAUUACAAGAGUCUGGGCGACACGGCCGAGCCCCGUGGGAGCAGAGAGAUGGCCCCCAACGAAGAGGGCUCUGUGUUAUUGGAGGAGCCCGCUGACAGCCCCGCCCCCAGCACACAGAACGGUCCGGCAGAGGAGACGGCGCCCGCUGCCCCCGCUGCCCCCGCUGCCCCCACUCCUCCUCCCCCUCCCCCUCCUCCCGCCCCUCCCCUCCCAUCGAACAACGCGGCACCGCCCCCUCCCCCUCCUCCACUCCUGCCCCAGGACACCCCGACCCGGACACCGCCCCACACCGCGAGCAGCACCCCCACCGACCAGCGACGCCCGUCCUCCUCAACAGGAAGCGCCAAGUCCUUCAACAUGAUGUCCCCGACCGGAGACAACUCGGAGCUGUUGGCAGAGAUCAAAGCCGGGAAGAGUCUGAAGCCCACGCCCCACAGUAAAGGCUACACCACCGUUUACUCCAACAGCGGACCAACGGGCAGUAAUGGAGGCACCACCUCACCUCCAGAGACGUGUCCCUCGAGCCCGCCUCCUGCCAAGUCACCCUCUCCUCCGCCCCCCAACAACAACAACAACACCGCCACCGCCGCAUCAGUCACGUCACCAAGGUCCACCCCGAGUCCGAGCCCGAGCCCGACCAGCGCUAGAUCCACCAAAACCAUGUCCAACUCGACGAGCAACGGGCACAUACCCUCUAAUCCGGUGGUGAACGGGAACGGGAGUAGUAACAGCUCGACGUCCGGAGAGACUGUGAGGAAGACGAGCAUGUCCGACGUGGAGGCGCUGGUGCCGACUCACGAUGAACAGGGAAAGGCCAUACCUGAGUGGAAACGCCAGGUGAUGGUCAGGAAACUGCAGGCCAAGAUGCAGGAAGAGGAAGAGAGCAAGCGUAAGGCCGAGGAGGAGGCGGCGCGUUUGGCCUCGCUGCCGGCCUGGAGGAGAGACAUCAUGAAGAAGAAGAUGGACGAGGAGAGAUGUGACAGGGAACAGAAAAGAAAAGAGGAGGAACAGGCCAAACAGGCUAAAGAGAUGGAGGAGAAGUCCGAGCUGGAGCGCAUCCGCACGCUGGGCUACGACGAGACCAAGCUGGCUCCAUGGCAACGGCAGAUCAUCCUGAAGAAGGGGGACAUAGCCAAAUAGUGAACU